AUGCCGCGCCGCCACUGCCCGCCGGGUACCCAAGGCGCGGUCUUUUUGCCCUCUAUGCUGAACGUGCCGGACGUGACUCCAUUCACGGCUGUGCUGAAGUUCGCAGCGGAGGAGUUCCGCGUGGAGGCAGCCACCAGCGCCAUCAUCACGGACGACGGCAUCGGCAUCAACCCCAAUCAGACCGCGGGGAACGUAUUCCUGAAGCAUGGCUCCGAACUAAGACUUAUCCCGAGGGACAGGAAUGCGUCGAUCGGCGUAUAUAAGCGCGAUUGGCGCCUCGCAGAGACAGUUGAGUUUCAACAGCGAUUUCGGAGCAAAUCCAAAGGCGAUCAAAGUGCAACAAAAGUAAUCCAGUGCAAUAGUUUAGCCGUUGAAAAUUUUAACACCAAGUGGACAGAUAGAUGUGGCCGAAAGCACAUAAAUAAUUUUAAACUUAAAUGCUCUGAUGACUACAAUAAUAAAAGAAACAAAUUAAUCACUAUCUCCAUCAAUUCAAUUCAAUCUAGCCGCAUCAGAGGCUCCACAGCCCUCAGGAAUGACUUCUCGAACUCCAUACUGGAGAACCGAUCCACUGCAGCUCUGCAAACAAAUAUUAAAUUAGUUAUAUUAUGUAUACAGGAUGUCCCACGGCUACCUCACACGGAGGGAAAGCUUAAUUAA